GUGGAAUACUCUUUGCAAAGUUUAGACUUACUUAAUUACCCUCUUGAAAAAUAGCUUUAUACUUUUACCCAGUGUGAUGAAUCGAGAUACUGAGGAGUUUAUUGACGAUCACCGGGUUUACUUCAAAGUAAAAAAGACAUGUUUUCCCAUCCUAGUAGCAGUUUCUGUGAUACUGGCUGUCAUCGCGAUUACUUUUAUUGUACUAUACUCGCAAGCUGUCGACAAAAGGGAAACUACUACUAUUGUCCCGAAACCAGGAAAGAAGUACAAAAUAUGUAACGAAGAUAGCUGCUUCGCCAUUGGGAAAUCAAUAGUACAUAGCCUAAAUCAAAGUGCAGAUCCUUGUAAAGAUUUCUAUGCAUAUGCUUGUGGCGGUUGGCAGGAAAGGCAUCCAUUGUCAAAAGGGCAAAAUAUCCUUAAAGUGUCUACUCUUCUUCAUUCUGAAAUCCAGGUCACGCUCAAAUUUGGUCUUGAAAACGCGAAACAGAACUACUCCAAGAAUGUUGCUGUAAUGAAAACGGCACGUUUUUACAAGUCAUGUACAAACACUACAGCAAUAGAGUCAAGUGGAAUACAACCGCUGAUCAAACUGAUCGAUGACUAUGGUGGUUGGAGCAUAUUCAACAAUACUGACUUCAGCGUUAGCAUCGAAACUAGGAUUGCAAAAGCAGCUCGAGAACUUGGUGUCGAUUCAUUGAUUAGUGCAAGGGCCAUCACUGAUGAAUAUAAUUCUUCCAACACAAUUCUUUCGAUGCAGUAUGCGGUUCUCACAUUUCCGCAAACUUUGUAUCUUAACAAAAGUAAAGCGGCUCAAGAUCAGGUUAAAAAGGCAAUAAACGAGUUCUCAAAGCUCUUUGAAUUGAACGGCACCACGGCGAAAUUGUGGAGACUUUAUGAUUUCGAAACCAAACUUGCUCAGAUACAAAGCGGUAAAACACCAAAGGAAGAACUCAUGGAAUCUGUUCAAAAAAGCAUCAAGAAGAAAGAACCAAUCGACGAUUACAGGAUUAAAAUGAACGAUUUUUGUACUAAAUCAGGAUUUUCGUGCCCACUUCUGAAAAGAAUUCUAAAGAUGACGUAUGGUCGAAGCUUUACUGGAAAUGAGAUACUGCUUGUUACAAAUAUUACCUACUUUAAAAACCUAUACAAACUUUAUCAGAACACACUGGAUUCUGGGAAUGGAGACGUUAUACGUGAUUAUGUGAUGUGGCGAGCAAUUCGUCAAUAUCUUGGUGCUGUUACCCUGAACGCAUCAUCUAUGAAUCCAUCAGCAAGGGAAAAUGCUUGUAUUGAUCAGCUUAUGAUGAACGCUUUCGACAUGACGCUUGGAUUGAUGUACGUGAACGCUAAGUUUGACUUCAAAUCCAAGACAACGGUCGAAGAAAUGACGAACGAUCUCAAGCAAUCAUUUGUCAAUCGACUCCCACAACAAACGUGGAUGGACGCAGAAACUCAAAGACAAGCUAAGGAAAAGGCCUUAGCUAUGCGGGUAUUGAUAGGUUAUCCAGAGUACAUAAAGAAUCCUAAAAAGCUAGAGAACCAUUACAAGCUGCUGAAUAUCUCAGAUGAGUUUUUCGAGAACAUUAAAGCAUUAAAGCACUUUCUCAGAAUGAGAGAAAUCAACACCUAUGGGAAACCCAUAGACAAAAAUGCGUGGUCUGCUGGAGAAUCUCCAGCCAAAGUAAAUGGUUUUUACACCUUUAAUGAAAAUAAGAUAACUUACCUGGCAGGCAUUCUACAAUUACCGUUCUACAGUUCAGAAUAUCCCAGCUAUAUGCAGUACGGAGGAAUAGGAAUGGUCAUUGGACACGAACUUACUCAUGGUUUUGACUCAAAUGGUCGACAGUAUGAUAAAAAUGGUAAUCUAUACAACUGGUGGUCCCACUCAUCUGAUGCUAAUUUCAAACAAAAGUCCAAAUGCUUUGUCAACCAGUACAAUAAAUACCAACUCCAUGGAAUAAAUGUGAAUGGUUCUCUUACAAUCAAUGAAAACAUUGCUGACAACGGCGGUAUUAAAAUCGCUUACGAUGCUUACCAGAGAUGGGCUAGUAGGAACGGGACCGAAAAAAUACUCCCUGGUUUAGAAUUGACCCCUGAUCAACUAUUCUUCAUCAGCUUUGCACAGGAAUGGUGUGGUGUUUUUAACAUAAUCGGAGCAUCCUUUCAGCUUAAGGAUGUACAUUCUCCAGGGAGGUUCAGAGUGAUUGGCUCUCUUUCAAACUUCCCAAAGUUCUCCGAGGCGUUCAAGUGUCCUACCAAUAGUCCAUUGAACCCAGAAAAGAAAUGUUCGGUCUGGUGAACUGGACGUCAAGCCACGGAAGAUUACUGAGUGUAGAAGUUUAGAUACCUUGCCGUUUUUUUGUAGAAAACACAUGGAGUGGUUUAAUAGAGUGAGCAUUGCUAAGAGUAAGCUCUUUUUGACGUACAAAAUAUUUAUAUUUCCGUAUUUGAUAGCUUGGCUUAUUUUUUUUUGCACAAUAGUUAUUUUAAGCCCUUUUACGCGGCCUUUUAUAUAUACUUUAUGUAUCAAUCCAGGUUUUGAUUCACGUUYACUGCGAACGGCAACUUUCAAACCAAUCACUGAUUUUCUGUAUAAACGCUUUGUUGUUUUGCGUUUGUAUACAAAUUAGAUCAUUUCCAUAUGAGCGCAUUUCUAUUCCUUUCUAAUCGAUUUAACGUUUGUUUGAAAUAUUUAAAACAAAGCUUUAUUGAAAUUGCAUUUCAAUUGGUUCAAAAUCGAUUYGUGGUAUGUGAGAACAUCGCGCAAAAGUACGCGGAUGCAGGGCCAAUUUGAGGGUUUGCGUUUGCGGUAAACGUAAAUUUGAAUAUCAACAGAACUUUUGUAGUUUACGUAGCCAUUUCGAAUGCAUGCUUUUUUUUAGACAUUUGCUCAGGUUGUUGCUUUUUUUCUGGCAAAUUUCACAUUUUUAUAGUUAUUUGAAUAAAAAGACAGCAUCAUUGUUGUA